UUUGUUAGACUCAUACUUCACUUCUCCAGAAUAGACACCCUGACGUUGAACAACUUCCUGGCUGUGGCUGGCGGCUUUGUCACUUUCGCCCCAAUGGUGGUGAGGACUUUUUCCACUGAGAACUUCCUGUGAAAUCUCACUGCCCCUGUGCGGCUCCUCAGCGUUGAGAGGGGCCUGGUGCCGGAGAAGCCCUGAGAUGCCUGGGAAGACUUUCCCACCCUCCCCGCUGGUGGAAGGCACCCAAGAUGAGAAGAAGGUGCACCUGGUCACUAACGAGGCCCUGGGCGGCUGAAAGACUACAUUACCCAGAAAGCAAUGCGCUCAAGUCAGCGGAGGUAAAGCGCAUUUUGGUGGCUGCUCAUUCCAUUAGGGCGGGACUUCCGGCGUCCUCCUCCCCGCGGACAUUUGGAUUUUUUUUGUUCUGUUCUGGGACUCGGUCUUCAGCCCAUGGGUCUCGGGUAGGAGAAGGCAGCGCCCCCGCGGGACAGGGUGUCUCUGAGGCUGGUUGAGCCCCAACACCCGGGACCAGGGUCCCCGAGGCUCCCCGACUCCUCUCCGCCGACAGAGGCCCCUCGGCCUCACCCCAUCGGACCCUCCAGCCUCGGGGCCGGCGCCGCGCGGGUCCCGCCGCCCAGGGCGCAGCGUCCAGCGCAGAUAUGGACUUUGAGGACGUGGCCGUUGCCUUCUCCGAGGAGGAGUGGGGGCUCCUUGAUGAGGCUCAGAGACUUCUGUACUGCGAUGUGAUGCUGGAAGUGUUUGCACUGGUGUCAUCUGCAGGUUGUUGGCAUAAAACAGAUGAGGAGGCCUGUUCUGAGCAGAGUGUAUGUGUACAAGGGGAGUCACAGAUCAGGGCUUCUAAGACAGAGCCAGCAACCCAGAGGACCCAUCUCUGUGGGAGGUGUUUCUCAGUGUUCAAAGACAUUCUGCACCUGACUGAGUCACAAACAGCAGACUUUGAGCAGAAAGCCUUCUUCAGUGACGCAUGUGUGAGAGACUUCUGUUUCGGUGCAAACCCUCGCCAGCAGCAGGGGGAAGCCAGUGGAGAGAAGCCCUGGAAAGAAGCUGUGGACAGGGCCUCAUUUGUGACCAGGUGCAGCUUCUUCUCAUCUUGGGUGCAUUCACCCAAUAAGGAGGUUGGGGAAGACUCGCCAGCCAUCUCAGAGCUUCUCCAGCAUCAGGCCCCUCUCGACACUGAGGAGCCACACAGUGGCAGUGAGAUUUCACAGGAAUUUCUCAGUGGAGAAAGUCUGCACCAGUGGGAUGAAUGUGACAAAGCUGCCAGCCACACCCAGAAAGUUGUUACUCAGAGUGUCUGCUCCGGAGAAGUGAAUUAUGAGUGUAACAAAUGUGGGAAAGUUUAUAGACGAAUCUCUAACCUCAUUCGGCAUAGGAGAGUUCACACUGGAAAAAAGCCCUUUGAGUGUACGGAUUGUGGGAAGGCCUUCAAUCAAAGGUCUUACUUAACUAGACACCUCCGAGUUCACAGUGGAGAAACGCCCUAUGAGUGUAGUGAUUGUGGGAAGUCAUUUAGACAGAUCUCUACCCUCAGUCGACACUAUAGAAUUCACACUGGAGAAAAGCCUUUUGAAUGUAGUGAUUGUGGGAAAUCAUUUAGACAAAGCUCUACCCUCAUUCGACACAAGACAGUUCACACUGGUGAGAAACCCUUUGAGUGUAGUGAUUGUGGGAAGUCAUUCGGGCAUAGCAGUUCACUUACUCAACACCAGAGAGUUCACACGGGUGAGAAACCUUAUAAGUGUAGUGAAUGUGGGGCGUCAUUCAGGUUCUUAUCUACUCUCACACAUCACCAGAGGGUUCACAGUGGAGAAAAGCUCCAUGAGUGUACUGACUGUGGGAAGUUUUUUAGAGAAAGUUUUUCCCUCAUUCGACACCACAGAGUUCACACUGGAGAAAAGCCUUAUGAGUGCAGUGAUUGUGGGAAGUCAUUUAGACAAAGCUCCACCCUUAUUCAACACCAGAGAGUUCACACUGGAGAAAGGCCAUAUCAGUGUAGUGAUUGUGGGAAGUCAUUCGGGCAUAGCAGUUCACUUACUCAACACCAGAGAGUUCACACUGGUGAGAAACCUUUUGAGUGUCGUGAAUGUGGGAAGUCAUUCCGGUACUUAACUGCGUUCACACAUCACCAGAGAGUUCACACUGGAGGAAAUCCAUGAGUGUCCUGAUUGUGGGAAGUCCUUCAGGCAAAGGUGUACCCUCACUCAACACCAGAGAGUUCACACUGGAGAAAAACCUUUUGAGUGUAAUGUAUGUGGGAAAUCUUUUAGGCACAAGAGAGGUCACACUGGUGAAAAACCUUUUGAACGUAGGGAAAUCUUUCCAUCGAACCUCUGCCCUCAUUCGACACCACAGAGUUCACUCUGGAGAAAAGCCUUAAGUGUGCAGGGAAUGUUUUAUCUUCCCCAUUCCCCAGGCUCCUGGCCCGCUUCAAGGACACUGAAGGAGAGACUGACUUAUUUACCUGAAUAUAAUCCCCUUUUAUUUAUUUUUUAAAAUAUAUUUUUAUUGAUUUUUAGAGAGAGAGGGAGAGAGAGCUAGAAACAUCAAUGAUGAGAAUCAUUGAUUGGCUGCCUCCUGUACGCCUCCCAACUGGGGAUUGAGCCUGCAAGCAGGGCACCCUGGCAUGUGUCCUGACGGGAAUCAAGCCAGCGACCUUUUGGUUCCUGGGUCAACGCUCAACCACUGAGCACAUCCGCCAGGCUAUAAUCGUCUUUUAAAGGAACAUACACUCUGCUAGGUUCCUCAAAAGUUUGUGAUACAAGGGAGGCUUUAAAGAGCUGCAUUGCACUUGCUAAUGUGCUGAGACCUACCUCGUUGAUGUUACUGUGAGUAUUUGUGGCUGAAGUGACCUCCUCUACCACCUGGCUCACCUGAACAGUGUGCACCAGUCACCACCCCUGCGUGCUCAGGGGAAAGGAAUUCUGUGUUCUCCCUUGUGCUUAAGUGAAUUUUGAACACUCUGAGCUCUUGGCAGGAUCCUCAAUCCUUACUAUCUGACCAGGAAAUGCACCUGACCCAGGUUUCAUCCAGAGCUCCCAUCCUCAGCUAAGAAGAGCUACCUAUUUCAAGGACAGUGUGGGUCUUGCAUUUCGUUGUGAUGAAUUGUUUCAGGUUCUACUUCACCAACCUGCACACCGCUUGCCCUGGUUUGUGAUGUUUUUGUAACGGUGUUUUUGCUUUUGUACCUUCAGUUUUGUUGGUCCUAUUCACUGCCUGGGAUGAUUUGCAAGCACAGUGGUGACCUGUCAGCAUGGAGAGCUACCAGAUCUUGUGGGGAUCCCAAACUGUGUGCUUCUGAAGGGACAGCAGAAAAUCACUCUUUGUCCAAUAUUGGCUGAUUUUGCAUUAGUGCCCAACACCUUGAAAUAAAGACCACUUGACUUUGUG